AUGGAAGACGUCAAGGGGAAGGAGAUUAUUGACGAUGCUCCGACCGAAAACAAGGUUUCAGAUGAGAUGGAGAAUCAUAAACAGCCAUCGUCUGAGUCUGAGGAAAAUGCUAUUAAGAAAAAGUAUGGAGGAUUGUUGCCUAAGAAGAUUCCGUUGAUAUCCAAGGACCACGAACGCGCGUUUUUUGACUCGGCUGAUUGGGCUUUAGGGAAACAAAAAGGACAAAAGCCGAAAGGGCCUUUGGAAGCCCUCCGCCCAAAACUGCAGCCAACUCCACACCAGCAACCAAGAGCCAGACGAAUGGCAUAUUCUUCGGGAGAGAACACUGAAGACUCCGAAAUUGACAACAACGAAUCUCUCAAUGACCAAGCCUGCGCAUCAGCUGAUGAUAAUACCAAUUUAAAGGGCGAUGGAGGCAGCGAUGGUGACAUGAAAGACAACAUCAAGCCGAUGUUCCGGGAGCACAUCAUCCGCAGAGGCCGGAGGUAUAUAAGGAGGCUUCAGUCUUGGUUUUUGAACUCAACGAUGCAGUCUUAUUGGCAUGAGAUUGAGGAUUGCAAGAUGAAGGCCUUCGAUAAACUGACUGUAAAAGUCGAGAAGGUGUUGGAGAUUGGUAUAGGGACAGGUCCUAAUAUGAAAUACUACCCUGCGCGUAAUAUUAACAUAACUGUUGUUGGGUUGGAUCCAAAUCCCAAAAUGAAGAAGUACGCACGAAAAUCCGCUGCGAAAGCAGGAUUUAAACCUAAACACUUCAAAUUCAAGCCAGGAGUAGGAGAAGCUAUACCGUUAGAUGAUGAAUCUGUGGAUGCAGUCGUUGCAACACUUGUUCUAUGUUCUGUUUCAGAUGUCACUCAAACACUCAAUGAAAUUAAACGGGUGCUGAGACCAGGAGGGACUUUCAUCUUCUUAGAACAUGUUGCAGCAAAAGAUGGAUCGUUUUUCAGGCGUUUGCAGAAACUAUUGGAUCCUUUGCAGCAGAGAUUUGCAGAUGGAUGCCAUCUGACAAGAAACACGAGAGAGUGGAUAUUGGAAGCUGGUUUCAGUGGCGGGGCUGAAAUAGAGACCAAGUCUGUGUAUAGCUUCCCGUGGAUAACAAGACCUCAUAUCUAUGGAGCAGCUUACAAGUGA